AAUAAAAAACUCAGAACGUUAAAAAGAAAUCAGAAGGAUGAAAACGUUUACACACGAUAAAGAAAUAUACUAACUGUUUUGAAAAGAUGGCUUCCGUUACUUAAACUUCGGUUGCGAGCCAAAAGGGAUGCUGACGAUGGAAAUGUUUGUGACUGAAGCGUCAGGAGGCUGGAACAUGACUACAGAGAACAGCACGAGUGACUUGGACCGAGAUGAAUCACUUGCGAAGGCCGAGGUUGCAACACUGUCCAUCAUGUUCACCGUCACCGUGCUGGGCAACACGGCCGUCCUUCUAGCCCUCUCUGCUAGGCCGAGGAAGAAGCUCUCCCGGAUGUACUAUUUCAUUCUGCAUCUAAGUAUCGCCGAUCUCUUCACGGCUUUCCUAUCCGUCCUGCCUCAGCUCGCCUGGGACGUUACCUACAGGUUCUACGGAGGACCACUUCUCUGCAAGCUUAUCAAGUACGGCCAGACGCUUGGGCCCUACCUCAGCGCCUAUAUUCUCAUGGCUACAGCGCUGGAUCGCUACCAAGCCGUAUGCCACCCUCUAGCUUACUGCUCUUGGACGUCUCGACGCUCGCGGGCUAUGGUCUGGACAGCCUGGGUCUUUGCUCUUCUCUUCUGCAUACCUCAGGUGGUAGUGUUCUCAUACCAGGAAGUGGGGCCAGAUGUUUAUGACUGCUGGGCGACCUUCAUCAAGCCCUGGGGUGAGCGAGCGUAUGUCACUUGGUAUAGUGUGUCGGUGUUCAUCGUGCCGCUAAGCGUCCUGGCGGCCACCUACUCCAGCAUCUGCCGGGAGAUCUGGCUGCACGCGGGCCGCAGUCCUCAGAGCCAACAGGGCAACUGCAGUCCUCUCAUAUCCCGCGCCAAAAUGAAUACUGUCAAGCAGAUGGUAGCCGUGUUGGCGCUCUACGUGGUCUGUUCCGCUCCGUUCAUCAGUGCGCAACUCUGGGCCACUUGGGAUGAGCAUGCGCACAGCCGACCUUUCUUCACAGGAGCAACGUUUACAAUCCUGACUCUACUAUCCAGCCUCAACAGCUGCGUGAACCCAUGGAUUUACCUUGCAUUCAACAGAGAAUUGGUGCGUCUCCUCAAACAACAAAUGAAAUGCAAAGGGCGCGAGACAUCGAGCUACCGGGGCGGAUCCGGAGGCAGUGGGUCCUCCACCGGUACACCCGGAGACACGGUACUGUACAAGAGAAAGAGUUUCAUGAAACAUACAAAUUCAGUCGUCGUGACGAAGACAACGUUAACAGAAGUUAAUUCCUGCCGCCGAAUUGGAUCCGUUGGUAGCAGAUCUUCGGUAAACAGCAUGAGGGAUGGCGUAGCAGGACCUCGCCGCCUAUCUCAACUUGCCAGCUCUAUUUUCAUCAGGAACUCUGCCCUCACUGCGGCUGCGUCAACCUGUUGUCGUGUGGAAUCAGAUGAUAGCGACGUACCUAGGAAUACUUUCAGAUAUGACACUGCUGGACCCUACCGGGGGCUCAGCAGGGCAGGGGCUAUCAGGAAGAAGAUGAAUAUUGAAGAAGCAAAUAAUGUUAGGUUGGGGAGUGAAAGUGCUGUGGACGUUACUAAGGGAAGGAGAUAUUAUGCUUAUUCACUUACACCUACGGAGAGAAAAACUUCAUGUGGAAAUAGAAUGAUGGAGGAUGCAGAUCCUGCGGAAGUUGAUGUUACAGGUCAGGUUAUGGCGCUACUACACGGUGAACCGGAAGGAGGACGUCGAAUGCAAGUCCAGUUCUGACACAGAGCAAAUUAUGUACCUCAAGAAAUAAACGUUUCGGUUACCACGUUUCUCUAGGUGAUGGUACAGUCAACGACAAAUUGUGACUCCGUGUGUACAGUUUCAGCUGCUAUCAGAAGUAAGUUUCUGUGAUUGAUGAAGAGCUAACAGCAUAUUGUGACACUGUAUGGAGUGACAGUUAUUUCCUGAAUUAAUUUUCUGUGACAGACAACAUCCAACUGUAUCCUAUUAAACUUAAAAAAAAAAUAAGAUUGACCAAUAGACAACUUACAUCGUGCUCGACUACCCUGAGAUUUUAGUAAAUGCAAAUGAACUUUUUUCCUGUAAAAGUUUAUAAGUAUAGCAAAACCAAAAGCUGACCAAACACUGUCGCAUUUCUGCUGUUCAAAUGUACUUUACUUCCAUGUUUCCUUAUUAAAAAAAGAAAUAUAUUCCCUAAUGACUGACUGUUUCCAACAUGCAAGUUUUAUUCGAUAUCUCCAAUACACCACAAUAGUCUCUUCAUAUAAUUCUAAAAUUAUAUGUUCCUAUAGACACAAUACGAUUAUAUUAUAUUAUAUUCCACGGUUACAACGAAUUGUUCGAAGCGUUGUAACCGUGGAAACUCGCUGUUAGAACUCAAAUGCUGCAUUCCAUCCCGCUGUCUAGGAAAUGUUAUUCGUUGACUAGGAACGAACGCUGAAAUAUGCUCCAUAGUCCUGCUUUUAGGCAGCACGUCACAAUAUUAUCUGAAGAUAAGCUGUUUUAACAGACGUAUUAAAUUGCAAGAAAAUAAUUUCUCGAUCGAACUGUAGCGAUUCUAGCACAUGAAUUACUCUGAAUGAUUGGUUCAAGGACGGUAAUUUGUAAAGAGGAUGCAAAUUUCUCCCAAAACGCUGCUAUAAUAUAAAACUUUCAUGAAGGAAUUAAGUCAGUAACGUAAAGCACUAUCCUUUGCUCAGAGAAUUGACAAUACGGACGUCAGAAAAAUCAUUGUUCUCAAGUUACUUGAAAAAUUAUUCAUGCUCUGA